AUGAAGACGGGCCGUGAGGAGUUUGUGGCGCACAGCUCCAACGUCAACUGUCUGGCGCUGGGCCACAAGUCGGGCCGCGUGCUCGUCACCGGCGGCGAUGACAAGAAGGUCAACCUGUGGGCUGUCGGCAAGCCCAACUGCAUUAUGAGCCUGAGCGGCCACACGACGGCCGUCGAGUGCGUGCGGUUUGGGCACACGGAGGAGCUGGUGUGCGCCGGCUCCAGCUCGGGCGCCAUCAAGAUCUGGGAUCUGGAGGCGGCCCGGCUAGUGCGCACGCUCACCGGCCACAAGAGCAACAUCCGCUGCAUCGACUUCCACCCGUACGGCGACUUCCUGGCCUCGGGCAGCUUCGACACCAACAUCAAGCUGUGGGACAUCCGAAGGAAGGGCUGCAUCUUUACGUACAAGGGCCACAGCCAGAUGGUGAACAGCCUGAAGUUCUCGCCGGACGGCCAGUGGAUCGCGUCGGCCGGCGAGGACGGCGGUGUCAAGCUCUGGGACCUGCGGGCCGGCAAGAUGCUGACCGAGCUGACGCACCACACCGGCCCCGUGGUGGACGUCGAGUUCCACCCGCACGAGUUCCUGGUGGCGUCGGGCGGCUUCGACCGUAUCGUCAACUUCUGGGACCUGGAGAACUUCCAGCUGGUGACCAGUACCGACGGCGAGUGCGGACCAAUCAGGUGUAUCGCGUUCGGCGGCGACGGCGACUGCGUGUUCGCCGGCUGCCACGACCUGCUCAAGGUGUACGGCUGGGAGCCGUUCCGCUCCUUCGACACCGUCUCCAUGGGCUGGGGCAAGAUCCACGACAUCGCCGUGGCGCAGACGCAGCUGGAGCGGCGGCCCAGUCUGCUGGAGGAGUCGCUCAUACGCUCUGCCUGUCUGGCCAUGAUCGGCGCCGCCUUCCACUCUUCCAACGUGUCCAUCUACAUGGUGGACCUGAAGAAGGUGCAGCCGUUCGGUCGGCCGCAGAUGCAGGAGACGGCGCCCGCCUUCCGUCACGGACAGCACGUCCGGAAGAGCUUUAUCAAGGAGAAGCCGCCAGACGGCAACGGAAACGAUAUGGCGGUGCGUGUGGAGGAUUCGUCCGACACGAACGUGAACACGGACCCGGAGGAUGACACGCUCUCGGUGGUGGACGUCAAGGACGUCAACGACUACACUACCAUCUUCCGGCCUCGUCAGCGCACCUGUGAGUGGUCCGAGCGGGACGACGGUCGGCGUCUCGGCCAGGACCGGGCGGUGCACCGUGAGGCCGUGUACCACUCCACACCUGACAUUCGUCCGGACAGCGUGCCCAUCCCGACGGAGCCGUACAGGUGA